AUGACCUUUCACCUACAAGUGCACUCUCAUAUCCUUACAUGUCUGAGUCCGAGGUGUGUAAAAGUAGCAAUAACAGAGCCCUCUGAACAGAUUUCCAGGGACCACGAACACUCCUUCAGUAGUCUUUUUCUUGGGCUUUCUUCAAUGUCUGCGAUGAAAUCCCAAGAAGCCUCGUCUUCGGUUUCUCCAUGUAGUUAUCAUGUGUUCUUGAGCUUCAGGGGCGAGGACACUCGCAAGACUUUCACCGAUCACCUCCACACAGCUUUGGGCCAAGAGGGAUUUCACACGUUCAGAGAUGAUGAUGGCAUAGAAAAAGGAGAAGAUAUCAAGUCUGAACUUGACAGAGCGAUUCGAGAGUCAAGGAUUUCCAUAAUCAUUUUCUCCAAGAACUAUGCCACGUCAACUUGGUGCCUUGAAGAGCUUGUGAUGAUCCUCAAGCGUAGGGCUUCUGGACACAUAGUUCUACCUGUCUUCUAUGAUGUGAAUCCAUCUGAAGUGAUGAAGCAAAUUGGCAGUUUCAAAGAAGCAUUUGUGAAGUAUGAAGAGAGGCUCAAAUCAGAAACGUGUGAACUGACGAAAGAGAAAUUGAAGGAUAAGGUAGGAACAUGGAGGGCUGCGCUUAGAGAAGUUGCAGAUGUGGCCGGGAUGAAUUUACAAAAUCAAGUUGAUGGACACGAAGCAAAGUUUAUCAAGAAAAUUAUAGAAGUGGUUCGAGAUAAGCUAAGUCGCACAACCUUGAAUAUCGCACCUAACUUGGUUGGAAUUCAUUCAAGGGUCAAAGACAUUCAACUUUGGUUAGAAGAUGGGCCAAGUAAUGUUGACAUAGUUGCAAUUUGUGGAAUGGGUGAAAUAGGCAAGACAACCACAGCAACAUAUCUAUAUAAUUUGAACUUCUCAAGAUUUGAAUGUUGCAGUUUUAUUGCAGAUGUAAGAGAAAUUUCAACACAACAAAGUGGUUUACUUCGUUUACAAAAACAGUUUCUUACAGACAUUUUGAAGACGAGGAAAGUAAAACUAGACAGUAUUGCUCAAGGAACUGCUUUGAUUAAAGAUGCCAUAUGUCGCAAAAAAGUUUUUGUAGUUCUUGAUGAUGUGGAUAAACGUGACCAAUUAGAGGCACUACUUGGAAUUGGAGGUUGGCUUUUUCCUGGAAGUAAAAUCAUCAUAACCACAAGGUAUGAGCGGUUGCUAGGUGCUUCUAAAUUCUAUAAGGUGCAUAGGCUUGAAAGUCUGAGUGCCGAGGAAUCCUUGGAGCUCUUUAGCUGGCAUGCAUUUGGAAAAUAUUGUUGUCCCAACAAUGGGUAUGGAGAGGUCUCAAAAAGGGUGGUGAGCUAUUGUGGAGGGAUUCCAUUAGCAAUUAAAGUUCUAGGCUCUUCUCUAUCAGGGAAUUGCUUAAAUGUAUGGAAAAGUCAGUUGGAAAAAUUGAAAGCGAUUCCCAACAGUCAAAUCCUUGAAAAACUCCGAAUAAGCUAUGACUCUUUACAAGAUGACCACGACAAACAUCUAUUCCUCAAUAUUGCAUGUUUUUUUGUUGGAAGUGAUAAGGAAUCCACAGUUACAAUCUUAGACGGAUGUGAAUUUUACACAGUGGUUGGGAUUCAAAAUCUCGUGGAUAGAUGUUUGAUAUCAAUUGAUAAAAGUAAUACACUGGUAAUGCAUCAUUUGCUUCAAGAAAUGGGAAGAGAAAUUGUUCGCCAACAAUCACCAAAAGAGCCAGGAAAACGUAGCAUCCUCUGGAAUCAUCAGGAUGCAUUUAAUGUUUUGAGAGAAAACACUGGCACAAGCGAAAUAGAAGGCCUCAAACUCGAUAUGUGUCCGUUGAAAAAAGAUGUUUGUGCUAGUAUGGUUUUUGGUGACAAUAGGAAACGCCGUUAUGAAGAGUUCCUUGAGAAGCCCUUGUUGAAUUUCGGUGGUACACUUAAAAGAUAUGGUUUCGGUAUCUUCUCCUCUCACCUCGAACCCACUGAUCCAGUAAAUUUAAAUUCAGUAGCUUUGGAAGCUGAUGCGUUUGCGAGGAUGCACAAACUAAAACUUCUGCAGCUCAAUCGUAUACAUAUUAGUGGGCCCUAUAAAAAGUUUCCCAAAGAAUUAAGAUGGUUGUGCUGGUGUGAAUUCCCACUGAAGUCCAUACCUGAUGAUUUCCCUUUGGAGAGCUUGGUUGCUCUCGACAUGCAAUAUAGCCAACUAAAAAAUGUAUGGGGAGGAACAAAGUUUCUAGGGUUAUUAAAAAUCCUCAAUCUAAGUUAUUCAUAUAACCUUGCCAAAACACCCAACGUUUCAGAACUCCCAAAUCUUGAGAAAAUGGUGCUUAAAAGUUGUACAAGUUUGGUUGAGGUUCAUGAAUCCAUUGGAUGCCUUGAGAGACUUGUUUUGUUAGAUUUGGGAGACUGCAAAAAAUUGAGGAAUCUUCCGAGUAGCAUUUGUAUGCUAAAACAUUUGGAAACGCUUGUCAUCUCCGGUUGCUCAAAUCUCAAUGGAUUGCCGACAAACAUUGAAAAUAUGGAGUCUCUAACUGUGCUCAAGGUAGAUGGAAUUGCUUUAAAUCAAUCUCUCCCAACCAAUGGACAGGCGAAUGCAAUGCAAUCUUUCAUCUGGGCUUGGCGGUUGAAACGAAGAGAAAAUCAGGAGAUUUCAUGGCCUUCUUUACCAUGGUCCUUGGUAGAAUUAAGUCUAGCAAACUGUAAUCUUUCGGAUGAUGAUUUUCCCAUAGACCUAAGCAACCUAUGCUCACUAAAGGAACUAGAUUUGUCAUCUAAUCAAUUUCGUAGCCUCCCAGAUUUCAUCGGAAGUCUUACUAAGCUUGAGUACUUAACCAUUUAUUCUUGCCCAAGGCUCCGCAAACUUGAUGGGGUCCCGGAACUACGUCAUUUGGGUGUCGGAGAUAAUAUAUUGCUGGAGGAAAUAACAUUUCAAAACUCACACCGUCCAACAACCACUUGUCUAUUGGACGCAUGCCACCAUCCAGAGACUCUGAGUGCAUUCAAAUUGGAAUCCAUAGGUAACAUUGAAGCUGAGAUUGUUAACAACUUGGGCUUGUGGAAGUUCCAGUCCAUGGGAAACCUAACUGUAAAGCUAACGUCAUGGGGUGGCAUGCAACAAAGGAGGUUUCCCCUCCAGGUUUGUUAUGAAACACAUAUAAUCUACGCUUAUAUUCCUGGUAGCAAGGUUCCACCUUGGUUCAGUUUUAAGAAUCGAGGAUCCUCAAUUGAUUUUAUUGUGCCUUCAUGUCUUAAUUUGAGGAUCCGAGGCUUGAACAUGUGUUCAGUUUAUGAGCACUCUGGAGAUCCAAAACGUGGUGAACCACAUACUGUCAUAAGUAAUACGACAAAGGGCUUGGUUUGGAGCUAUUGUCCAUUUGUCUUCGGAACUGGAGAAGUUGGUGAAGAUACGAUGUGGUUAAGUUAUUGGAAUUUUGGAAAUUAUUUGGAAGGCGGCGAUGAAGUCAAUAUUUCAGUGUCUGGAGGUGAAUUUGUCCAAGUAACCGAGGUUGGAGUCCGGAUUCUGUACAAUGAGGAACAAGAAGAGAUGAUCUCCCAAUCAACCUAUGAAGAUAAAAUACCCCAUCAUGAACUCUGUCAAUUUGGAAAUAUCGUUCCCGGAACUGCAGAUCAGCCGAGCACAAAAUUGUUCCAAAUCGGCCCUCAUUUCUGCACAUCAGCGGAGCACAAAAUUGUUCCAACUCGAGCAUUUAUACCCUCCAAAAUUGUACCAACUCGGCUUUCAUCUUGAUGAUUGCAAGUAUUGUCGGCAUCUGUACCCUCCACCUUGGAUC